UCUUUCUACCAUCAAAUUUAGUUUAAUCAAUCAAACUGUGUGAUACAUUCUGAAACACAAAGAGAGAGACAUUAAGAGAAAGAAAAGAGAUAAAAAUAAUGGGUAGAUGGGCAAUCGCAGUACACGGUGGCGCAGGAAUCGACCCAAAUCUUCCCGUAGAGAGACAAGAACAGGCGAAACAGCUUUUAACUCGCUGUCUUAACCUCGGCAUAGCAGCUUUACGUUCCAACGUCUCCGCCAUUGACGUCGUUGAGCUCGUCAUUAGAGAAUUAGAGACGGAUCCUCUGUUUAACUCAGGCCGUGGAUCUGCUUUGACGGAACAAGGAACGGUGGAGAUGGAAGCAAGCAUUAUGGACGGUACGAAGAGACGAUGCGGCGCCGUUUCGGGGAUAACCACCGUGAAGAACCCUAUUUCUCUCGCUCGUCUCGUCAUGGACAAAUCUCCCCACUCUUACCUAGCCUUCUCAGGCGCGGAGGAGUUCGCUCGCAAACAGGGAGUUGAAAUUGUGGACAACGAUUACUUUGUCACGGACGACAACGUGGGGAUGCUCAAGCUGGCAAAAGAAGCCAACUCCAUCUUGUUUGAUUACCGUAUCCCGCUAGGAUGCGCCGGUGCAGCCGUAACCGACAGUCCUAUAGUGAUGAAUGGUCUUCCGAUCAGCAUUUAUGCGCCGGAGACAGUGGGAUGCGUGGUGGUUGACAGAGAAGGACGUUGUGCUGCGGGAACAUCAACGGGUGGUCUGAUGAACAAGAUGAUGGGAAGGAUAGGAGACUCGCCGUUGAUAGGAGCCGGUACGUAUGCGUCUGAGCUUUGUGGUGUGUCGUGUACAGGAGAAGGAGAAGCUAUCAUAAGGUCGACGCUAGCGCGUGACGUGUCGGCUGUAAUGGAGUAUAAAGGUGUUGGGCUUCAAGAAGCGGUUGAUUAUGUUAUCAAGCAUCGACUGGACGAAGGGUUCGCUGGACUUAUUGCUGUGUCGAAUAAAGGAGAGGUGGUUUGUGGUUUUAACUGUAAUGGGAUGUUUAGAGGAUGUGCAACUGAAGAUGGGUUCAUGGAAGUUGCUAUGUGGGAGUGAGAGAGAGAGAGAGCUUUGUAUUUUAUUUAUUUAUUUUAAAUGGCUUAGUGUUCGAUCAGUGUGAUCCUUUCAUCAUAUCUCUAUCGAUUUGGUAGCUUAACAUAAUCCUGGAGUAUCAAAUUUAGGUAUUUGAUAUUUUCAGUCCAUUAUUAAUGUGUGUUUAUUGUGGUUUCGAUUUGUCAGUUUCUUGUUUAAGAUUUCUUGAGCGGUAGUAUUUGCUUCAUGAGUAAUUACAAUUCAGUAAUGAUUUGUACU